AUGGCCCACAGCAAUCGCGACGACUUCGAGCACCAGCUACAGAUCAGACCGGCAGCACAAACAGACACAUUCGAGGUGGUGUAUCCGCCUUGGCACCAUCCACAUCAGAAGGCAGUCAAUGGAGCCAUCAUGUUGGGUCAAUCGACCCUCGCGGCAUGUCAGACUGUGCCAGAGGGAUUCACCGUACAUGCGCUCCACGCUCAUUUCGUGAAAGCCGCGCCAAUUGGGUCAACACUGCACUACGAAGUCGAACGAGUCUCGACGACAACGCGGACAGCCUGCCGAAUCGUCCGAGUGAUGCAAACCGGCAUUGUGAGAGUGCUUGCGACGUUCAGUUUCAUGAAGCCAUCAAAGGAGGAUGAAACCCGGCAGCCAUUCGACCAUGUUCCAGAACCCUCGCGGGAUACACUCGAAGCAGCGGCAAGACCGAUUGACCCUGAGCUUGACGACGCGGACCAAAGUGCACCUGGUAGUAAAAAUAAGUCGAGAGCUCCAGAGGGAUGGCCUGCCUCUACUCCGUAUCCUGCCGUGAGCAACCAAAGACAAGAGGUGUCGCACGACGAGAGCAUCUCGAAGAGGAUCUAUCGCAUCAAGAUGCGGACACUUACGCCCUUGUCCUCACCGGCGGCACAAACCAUGGCGACCAUCUUCUUCUCAGAUUUCUAUGUCCUCGAUACGCCUCUUUCCGUACAGAAUAUACCUUUUGGAAUGCAUCGCAUUGGAGAUAAGACGAAGAGGCCGACGAGGUCUGCCUUGCGGAGCUUUGCGACUUUGAAUCACUCCAUUCACUUUGUUGCGUCGAGUGGAUGGGAUGUACAUGAUGGACUUUUGAUGGAAUGCGUGACUGAGUGGGCGAAGGGUCGACGAGCGGGUGUUUGUUUCAACCUGUGGGAUGCAAGGGGCAAGUUGGUUGCAACGGGGGAGCAGGAGGGUUAUUUUUUGUUCAACGAGGCUGCCAAAGGAGAGACGAGUAGAAUGUAA